CCUUUUCUCUUAUUUGUUGAGCUGAAACAAUCACUAAUGGUUUUGAAAAACUCAGAAAAAGAGAAGAGUGACGUCCCACCAAACUCCUCUUUUCCUUCGUCGCUAAGCUGCUUCCUUUCCCUUCCUUCUUCACAUUUUCCUCAAACCUUUAAUAAUGCAUCUACAUAUACCCCAAACUAUCCGUUAUAAAUAAGCCGCAAACCCUCCUCACCCAGUUCCUCUCAUGGUCUUCUUUUCUAUGUUUACCUCUAGUUUCUUAUUUCUUUUAUCCUACCAUGGAACUACACUCCUCUGUUAAAGCUAAGCAAGCAUGGAAUUUCUUGAGGUUGGCCUUCUUCAUGAUGAGAAAAGGGCUCCUUUCCAAGCGAAAAUUCCUCAGCUUGGAGAUGAAUCUUAUAAUGAAGAGAGGGAAACUCCUUGGAAAGAACCUGGGAAGCCUCAUUGCUAACCACCACCAUUCCAAAAACAAGCACCUUUCCCCAGCUUCCCACAUCAGUAAUGGCUUCCAUGAGUAUGAAUUUUCCUGCGAAAAUAGCCCGAAUCCGGUCUUCUUCCACAUGAACACAAGUCGCAUUCGUAGUUACUUCCCCUGUAUCAGUGCCGCAGCCGGCGGCGAAGCUGAAGAUCAGCUGCGCAUUGAAUGCUCACCACAAUGCUCUUACAGUACUCCUGGAACUCUCGUUAAUGGAGAGAGGAGGAGGAGACCGGUUCUUCUAUCACCUUACUCUGUUAGAGUUUCUAACUUUUCGAUGGAGGAUGGAGGCUAUGAUGGGGAGAGCUAUGAGGUGGAUAAACAAGCAGAGGAGUUCAUCAAAAGGUUUUACGAGCAGCUUAAGGCCCAAAGCCCUGCGUUGCUGCAGCUACAAGACGACGAGCGUUAGGCGCUAAGGAUAUCUGAAUUAAUAAAGAUGUGGAUGAAUUUUGAAAAAGAAACAAAAUUUAUGUCUGAAUAAAAUAUUUUGAUGCAUUUUUAGUUC